GGAUUUCAUUGGCUGGCUGCUCCCCCUGAGGGUGCCGUCCUAUGAGGUGCUCGGAGCGAAGGGUUCCCUUAGGAAGUAGCGCGUGAUGGCGGACCGUCUCACGCAGUUGCAGGACGCGGUGAAUUCGCUUGCAGAUCAGUUUUGUAAUGCUAUUGGAGUAUUACAACAGUGUGCCCCACCUGCAUCCUUCAACAAUAUACAAACUGCAAUAAACAAAGAUCAACCUGCUAAUCCUACAGAAGAAUAUGCACAGCUGUUUGCUGCAUUGAUUGCAAGAACUGCUAAGGAUAUUGAUGUUUUAAUAGAUUCCUUGCCCAGUGAAGAAUCAACAGCCACAUUGCAGGCUGCUAGUCUGUAUCGCUUGGAGGAAGAGAACCAUGAGGCAGCUGCACGUCUAGAAGAGGUGGUUUAUCGUGGGGAUAUGCUUUUGGAAAAGAUACAGAAUGCUUUGGCUGACAUUGCCCAAUCACAACUGAAGACAAGAAGUGGCACUCAUAGUCAUCCUGUUCCAGAUUAACAGCAGCAAGCGCCACAAAAUUUGAACUCCUGCAGAAUGGCAUGUGGAUAAAAAAACCCACCAAGUUGUGCAUUGCUGUUUUGCCUUAAUAUGGUGCUGUGAGAAAAGGACUGUUGACACAAUCUUCAUCCUUUUGUGUGAUACUGUGCUAGAAUGAGAAUUAAUCGCAAAUGGAGAGUUGUUGUAACUUAAGUUUAUGGCCAAACCUUGUGCUUUGUCAACAGGUGAGAAUGUCUGAUUUCAUUAGAUAGCCUUGCAUAGUCACAACUAAUACAGUACUUGAGGCAAGGCAUGCAUGUGUGACUGGCAUACAUGUACACAUGCAUUGCAUGGGAGUGCCUUCUAUGCAGGAAACUGAUCACAUGUGGAGUGUCACUAACUCUGACCUCUUACCAUGCUCCCAGGACUGGUUUUGUAUUGUCUAGAGGCCUAAGCCUGUGGUUUUUUAAUUGGAAGUUUGCACUGGGUAGAACUUGAAUUGUGCUUCUUGUGGAAGCUGCCUGGAUGCUAUUUGCCAGUGGAAGAGCAAAGCAAAAGCAUCUGAAAAUCUGUUGAAUCAAUGACAGCUUGUAGACAUCUGCACUGAAGUAUGGAUUCGUGCUCCCUUCUCAUUACAGUUAUGGGCAUGAUGUGACCUGUAUUGGGAGGGGUGGAUGAAGAAGAAGAGGCUUUCCUGGUUGUUCCACAUAGCAUAGAACUUUGGCUAAAUCAGAUGACUGAAGAAAUACUGUUGGAAGCUCAGUCUUGAUCAUAAUCAAAAUCUGAUCUAAGAUAAUACGAGUGAAUAAAAGCAUAGAUAAUAUUCUCACUGGCUUUAGCUUUGAGAAAAAAUGACCAACACUACUUAAAAUACAGUUAAUAUGUCAAAUAUGUGCAGGAGAAGCUAAGCAUUAAUGUUGGGGGCGCCUGCAUUGAAGUUGUAUUUGCUGUGUAUUGCUUUUUUAUGCCAGACCGGAAUCGAAUUUAGUUUCAAACUUCUUUUCCUUCUUUUCCAUUAGUUAUAUAAAAAUACAAAGGAAAGCAUACUGAAA